AGCGCGCAGCGGAGCUCUACGUUUAUUCUGGCCGGAUUUGUAUCUACUGUGAAUCUGUAGCUAUCACUUUACUGAGAUCAGCCGAAGUCGUCCAGACACAUCUGAAUCAUUUUAUCGCAGUGACUGAACUGCCGUCACAUUGUUGGAAACGGAAACAAUCCGUCCGGGGCUUUCUUUUCACUAGUGCAGAAAGAAGGACCCGAGGAGUUGCAGUUAAAGUUCGUAUGAAGGAUAUGGGCAGAUGUGGAAAUGUUGCGUUUUGCGCUUUGGUGCUCUUCUACUGUUCUUUCAUUACAGGUGAUCAUCUCUGCGUCUCCUCUGUGGUUCACGUGACCUCAUCACCAUCAGUUCACAGCUCUGUGAAGAGAAGAGAUGGAGUGUCUGAUGUCAACAUGACCUCAUCACCACAGCCGGAGUCACCCAACAGUGAUAAGACACAGUCCUCUACUAACCACACGAACAUCAACAUCACAGAGCCCACUCCUCACACACACGCUUCAGCAGUCACAUCUAUUCUAUCAUCAGGGGCGUUGGCUCCCUCACCCACCCCAGCGGAGAACAUCAGUUUCUCUGGGAACUUCACAGACAUUCGAAAUGAGUCUGAUGUUUCACCUGUGAAAUAUCAGACAAGAGUUAACACACCAACUACACUCCUGCCAUCAACAACCAAUGAUCCCAAAACCAAAAUCCACAACACCACCUUCCAUUCAACAUCCAACACAGCUGGAAUCAGUAGACCGCCGUCACACGAAUCAACAACCACACGAACAAGAAUAACCUCACUGACCACAAGAUCACCUCCUGCUACCACCUCCACGGUCACCACGGUGAUGCCAGUGAACAGCAGUCCUGUCCAGGCAAAAGCUCACGUGGACACCCCCACUGCACUGAAUGUUGGAGACGAUGAUAAUAGCCCCAAAGUGUCCUCUAACCUACUCCUGACUGGACUGGUGUCUGCGUUUGUUGUCGUCGCUGCCAUUGUGUCAGUCCUCAUAUUCCUAAAAUUUAGAAACAAGAAUGAUGGCCCAGAAUUUCGCAGACUUCAAGAUCUCCCUAUGGACGAUAUGUUGGAAGAUGCUCCGCUCUCCAUGUACAGCUACUGAAAAACAUGGAUGUGCUUCACGGUUUUGUCACAGAUGUCUUCAAAACACCCAAAAUUCUCUGUUCAACACAAGACAAGAAACUAUUUUAUGGGUCAUGUGUAGAGGCAUAAAUACUCAUAUUGUUCCUGACUGUUACAGGACUAAAUGUUGGAUAACACUCCAGUGGCUGGUUAUUGGAUUUAUAUUCUUGCACUUUAUGUGGGGUUUGGGAACUGGGCACGUGCCGUGGAAAUAUUUUGGAGCUGUCAGGUUGCUGUUUUCUGUCUUUUUUACAGUAUGAGUGUGUGUGUGAAUUAAUUUCUCUAUGACUGUCUUGUUGUCUUCAGGUCUAGUUUUGUCUACUCUGAAAAAACUAAUUUUCUUAUUCUGAUUAACCUGCUGCUUUUUUCUUAUUUUCUUAAUCAAGGUUUUGUUGGUCAAUUUUGACGUAAUAUACAGUACUCAUGCCAUUGGUGGAGCUAGAAAUUAACACGCCAGACCGCUCAGACAAAUACGUUUUGAAAGCACCACAGUGUGGAAAUCUACAAUUAGCAAACUCAUAGUUAGUUGCCUUUAUACAUUGAAGUUAACUUUAUUAAAGGUAUAGUUCACCCAAAAAUGAAAAUUAUCUCAUCGCUUACUCACCCU